AUGACAAAGUUUAUAUUUAAACAUUUACGAAUUCUAGCUAUUACAAGUGUUACAUUGACAUCAUCCUAUUUCUUAUAUAAUCAUGAUCAUAAUCAAAGACAAAAUCGUAUAUUAUCUUUAUUAAAAGUCGAUGCUUCUAAUUAUGAACGAAGAAAUGAAAGAACAGCAUCUACAAAAAGCCAUUUCAUCGAACAAAAAAAAAGAAAACUCGCCGAUAAUGAUGAUGAUGAUGAUGAUGAUGACGAAGAUGAAGAUGAUGAUAAAAAUGAAUUGGAUAAAAACGAUGAAGUCAAAACCAAUCCGCGUGAAAAACGUUUUCGUGAAUUUUCUUCUGUUGAAUACAAUGGAGAUAUAUAUAUGACACCAUUGGAUUUUCUUGAAUCAGUCAUUUCAGAACGACCAAGACCUCGUAUUGGCCGUCGACAAUUAACAGAUGCCAUGGUUGAAUCUAUUUUAUAUAAUACACCACCAAAACAUCGAGGGUCAAAAAGAUUUUUUCGAGAUCUUGAAGAUGCUGGACUUAUCUCGUUUUCGGAAUAUUUAUUUCUAUGGGUGAUUUUAACAAAACCUUAUGCACAAUUCGAAAUUGCAUUUGCUAUGUUUGAUACAGAUGGAAACCAAUUAGUCGAUAGAAAUGAAUUUCUUGUGCUUGGAAAAGUCAUGAGUGAUAAACGUAUGUUACGACGACAAGCAUCAAAAGGAGUAUCAAAUACAAAUAUAAAUUCUAAAAAUCUUUUUAAUAUGUUGUUUAAUGGCAAGAAGAAAAAAACAAUAAAAACACCAUCUAGUAUAAAAUUAGACGUCGAGGAUGGAGAAAUUAAUACAACAUUACUUUUACAUUUUUUUGGAAAAAAUGGUCGUGAUACGUUAAAUUUUACAGAGUUUAAACGGUUUAUGGAAAAUUUCCAAACUGAAUUACUUGAAAUUGAAUUUACUGAAUUUUCACAUGGAUUUAAAACAAUAUCUGAUCUAGAUUUUGCUGAAAUACUUUUACGUUAUACAGAUUUUGAUCAUGAUACAAAAACAAAUAUUUUAAAAAAAGUGAAAAAAACAACAAUUCAAUCACGUGGUAUUACGUUUGAACAAUUUAAAUGUUUCUUUGCUUUUCUUAAUAAUCUUGAAGAAUUCAGUAUUGCUAUGCGUUUUCAUCAAUUAUCCAAUAAACCUAUUUCACAAGCGGAAUUUCAACGAGCUUUAAAAAUUUCAACUGGAUUUGAGCUUGAACCAAAUAUAAUGGGUCUUGUUUUUCGAAUAUUUGAUACAGAUGGUGAUCAACAUUUAAGCUACGAUGAAUUUAUGGCUGUUAUGAAAGAUCGUCUUUCUCGUGGUUUUCAGGCAUCUACAGAUAACGAAGUAUCAAAAUCAAGUUUUGAACAAUUUAAACACUGCUUUCGUGAACGAGCUAAAUGUACACAUCUCUUGACGAUGGACAAUGAGUUAAAUUUAUGCCGAGUGACAUUGGACGACGGAGAUUGUGUACAAGAACGACAACACGAGACAGAUGUUAUUGUUGAUAAGUAUUUAUCAUCAUCGUCAACUUCUCUCUCAGGAAUAGAUGAUGAACAUAAACAACAAUUUACAGAAACCCCAACAACAACUAUUAAAACGAAACGUACAAAAUGGCAUGUAUAUGAUACAGUUGCCAAGUUCUUAUUGAAAAAUCGUUUUUACUUGAGUGCUCUCGAAUUCUAUACUGAAUUAUUAGAAAAUGGAUAUGAUUUACCGCGACUGCGUGAAUAUUUUUCUAACCCAGCUAAUUUUGAAGGUCCCUCGGCAACAUCAAUAAAUAAACAGUCAACAUUUAUACGUAAUCUUAAUCAUUAUGCAGAUGAUUCUGUAUCACUUGGUGGUGGUGGCAACGGAGAUUUCUUUCCUCGAACAUCAAGCAGUCAAACAUUUGAUUCAACUUCCAUUGAUAAUAUAACGCGUUAUUCCGAAGAUAUCGAUUGGCAUAAUGGAAACGGUAAUGGUGGAGCAGCGACAAGUGCUAGUGUAGUUGGUGAAUCGCGUUUUAAUGAUGAACGUGUUGCUGUUCUAGAAUUUGAAUUAAGAAAAGCACGAGAUACUAUACAAGAACUAAGACAAACACUCACCUAUGAUUCAACGGAUGAACAACAACAACAGCUACAAAAUAAAAAGGCAGAUGACAGGAAUGCAAAACAUCAAGCUCAUCUAUUGUCAUCGAAUUCUGCACAAGCACUAAUUCCAACAGGAUUAACUGUUCGACCAUUUGAACGUCGUGCAUUAAAUUAUUUAGUCAAUGAAUAUCUUCUAACGAAUAAUUAUAAAUUAACUAGUGUAACAUUCGGAGAAGAAAAUGAUACAUCAGAUUUAGAAGAUUGGGAUAGUGUUGGCUUAAAUUGUUCAAGACCACCUGAUUUAACUCAAUUAUAUCGUUGGUAUUAUCAUCAAUUAUGUAUUGAAGAUGAAAAACCAAAAAAAGAAAAUUUUUCAAUGUUAGUUAAUUUUGAUGAAAAUCUUUAUGAUGAAUAUAAAAAAUUUAAAACAGUAGUUCAUCAAAUGCAAUUUGACGUAGUUGAAUAUAAUAAACGAAUAAAUCACAUAGAAGAAGAAAAAUUAAAUCUUAGCGAAGAAAUUCAAGCCUUACAACAUGAAAAGAAAAAUCUUUUAAUACAGUUACAACUUCUACAAAAUCGUUUAACCUCUGAUGCAACAUCGAAUCUAACAAAAAUGGAAGAUACAAUACAAUUGAAUUCUUCCAGACAAUUACCACAAGUUUAUCGAUGUGCAUUUGAACGUCACUUAUUAUCUUGUCCUAUCAAUGACGAUAAACAAGACGAAGAAAUGGAGAUAAAUCAUGAUUUUGAACAGAAAGCAUUUGAGGACAAUAUUCAUGAAUUAAAUAUUCUUUCGCUUGAUCAAAAAGAUUUAUUAGAUUUAAUUGUUCGAACUAUUACAAAGAUUAAUUCUAAUUUAAAUGGGUCGAAGAAAUUAGACCUUGUCCCAUUAGUAACCUACACAUCUAUAUUACAUCCAAAAACUGAUGAACGUGAUCGUUUACUUAAAACAUUAUUUAAUUUAUAUAAAAGCCCUUCAUACAAUCAACGGCAAGUUGUAUUACAUGCUUUUCUUUGUUUUGCCAAACAAAGUGGUCCAUUACGUGUACACGCUGAAUUAUUACCACAAUGUUGGGAAAACAUAAGUAAUAAAAUAGAUGAACGACGUUGUCUAGUUGCUGAAGCAUGUGGAAUAUUAGCGCCCCGUUUACCCAAAGAUAUCCGUGUGAGUUUAAUAUUUUCAAUGUUACAACAGAUGCUUGUCGAAGAUAAAUGUGAUCAAGUACGAUCUGUAUGUAGUAAAAGUCUGGCAAUGGUUAUUAAUGAAAUCGAUGAUGAAACUCGAUUGUCUCAAUGUAUUGAAUUACUCGAUCGAUGCUUAUCGGAUACAUCUGAUGUUGUACAAUCAGCUAAAAAAUACUUAUUACCAUCAAUUGCAAUAUGGUGUCUUGAAUUAAAUAAACUUUUUUCAGUUUUAAUUGAUCAUUACUUGAGUAAAAUUGAAUCUCUUGUUCUACAUAUUCAAACACCAUCGUCAAUUGAUAGUCAACGCUUUAUUCAAUUGAUUUAUAUCUUAACUGAUUUAAUAGUAUUUAUUUUUGCAUCUGCUUUACAAAGUAUGAAAAUAGAUCACGAUCUUUCACAAUCGACUUCGUCUGCAAGAAGUUUACCCGAUACAACAUCAUCAGUAUUUUUUCAACUACACACAAUUCUAUCUCCCAAUAGUGAAAAAUUACUUGAACAUUAUGAUCAAUGUGCUAUCAAUGGAGAAUUUCCAUUUACAGAUCAAAUCGAACAAUAUAUUGAUGUUUUUUUAAAACGUUCAUUUGAUACAAUCGCUGCUAUUGAUAUGAUGAAUGGAAAAUUAGUUCAUGCAUGUAGUGAAUUUAUCAAGACAAUUAGUCGAUAUUUUGGAAGAAAUUUUUGGAAAUUAAAAAUUAAACCACUCUAUACUACAAUCAAUUCGCCUACAUCGCAAGAUGAAAUUCGAUCAACAAAAUUUGUUCUAUACGCGACUGGUGUCUUAUGUUCUUGGACAACAGAACAAGAACGAGCCGAAUUAACUCAAUAUAUAUAUGAUGCACUUCUUCUGAUUGCUAAUCAAAAAUUAUCGAUAAAUAUUUUACAAGCGAUGUAUUCAGAAAUUGGAACCGAUGCUAAUUUCCAAGACAUUCUAUUAAGUAUUCUUCGAGAUUCUCUAACAAAUACAAAUCCACAAGUUCGCUUAUAUACUUUACAAUUAUUUAAUAUUACAUUGAGACUUGUUGAUCAUUCCACAAUAUCUCAUAAGAUCUUGCCAGCUUUGAUUACACUCGCGUCAGAUGAUGAUAUAACUGUUCGAACAGCAACUAUCCAAGUAUUUGGAUCAAUUCUUAUUCAAUGUUCAGAGUCUGAAAUUCUCGAACGAGUAUACGCCCAAUUUCAAAUAUUUGAUACUGAUACAGCAUUUCGUGAUGAACAUCGUGUUCAAAGUGAAUUCAUAAAAACGUUUACUCAAAUUGCACCUCAUGCUGAAAGUAAAUUUCGUGAAGAAUUUAUUCUCCCGUUUUUAGCAUUUAUUGCUUCUCAAAAUUCCCAACAACAGUCAGAACGUGGUCAAGCGAAACGUCUUGAAAUAGCCACAUAUUUAUUUGAAGCUUACAGUGCAUUGUCUUGUUGUUUUCAUUCGGGUCAAUCGAUACUAAAUAGUUUUUUACCCGGUCUUUAUUGUCUACGUGUAGAUUUUGCACAAUUAAGACCUGAUAGUGUUGCUGUACUAGAUUCAAUUAUUAAAGAUCUUGAACAUAAACUUGAACAAUAUCGACAAGAUAGUUCAUUAUUGAUCGGUGGUACAAAUCUCAAUCAGGAAAAUAUUCGAGGACGAAUGCUCAAAGGUUUAACGAAUUUUCGGGAUUCAACUGAAAAAUUGACUUAUAGAUUUAUUAAAAAGAAAUAA